AUGAAGCUGUCUUCUCUUCAGGCCCUUCUGGGAUCGGCCUCAAUAGUCCUCUCUGGCACGGGUGCCGAAGCUAGCAGGGCCCAUCAGAGGUUGCAUCAGCUCGAUCGCAAAGCCUCGCAUCUGCAUGGGCACAAUCAUGCUCACCUCCAUUCUCGUUCCGAGAAUGGUUCCGUCAAGAAGCGAGCAGGAACCUGCAGCUUCGUUCAGCACGAGAGUGUUUUGGCCGUCACGCCUGAUGGGAUGAACGCCGGUUGGGGCAUCCCGAGCGAUCGGGAAUGCACCUGCGGCAGUUACUGUCCCUAUGUCUGCAAGGCUCCCAUGCUUUUGGCCCAGUGGAAGCCAGGCACGAAGUACACGUAUCCCGAGUCCAUGGAUGGCGGCUUGUAUUGCGACAAGAGCGGCAAGCUCUCGAAGCCGUUUCCUGACAAGCCCUACUGUGUCCGGGGCGUUGAGUCUGUCAAGGUCAUCAACAAGUGCAAGAGCUCACUGUCCUGGUGCCAAACGAUGCUUCCUGGAGACGAGUCUAUGAUCAUUCCCACGCUUGUUGACUCGGAAGCGCUCAUCGCUGUCCCGGACGAAAAGUAUUGGGCCGGAACAGCUGCUCACUACUAUAUCAAUGGCCCCGGCAGUGGCGUCGAGGAUUGCAAGUGGGGCGAUGAGAGCAAGCCCAUCGGGAACUGGGCCCCUUACGUUGCUGGCGCGAACGCACAGGGUGGUAAGACGUAUGUCAAGCUGGGCUGGAACCCCAAGUGGGAAGAGCAAGCUGCGUUCAAGUCUUCGGGUCCGGGCUUUGGGUUGAGAAUCGAGUGCCCCGACGGCGGCUGCAAUGGCCUGCCAUGCGAGAUUGACCCUUCCGCCGGCAGUGGCAAGGUCGGAAGCAAACUCGCAGCGUCCGGCGCAGGCGGCUCUGCGUUCUGCGUCGUGACCGUUGAUGAGGGCAAGACCGCAAACGUCGUCAUGUUCGAUGGCUCUGGUGGCUCCACGCCCACGUCCAAGAAGGAGACUUCGACUUCGCAGCCUCCGCCUCCAGAGACCACCUCGACCACCGUUCAGUCGUCGACUUCUACCUCGUCACCCCCACCGGUUACCACUUCAAGCUCUGCCGCCACAACGAACAGCACUUCUUCGGAGGUGGCUACGUCAUCUGAGUUCACUGCUACGUCCACGACCAAGCAGCGACCGACGCUGGUGCCGGGUAUCUUCCACGAGAACGGCACCACGACUGACUCCGAUCAAAAGACCACUGGUACGGUCUCGGGGCCCUCGACAACUUCGUCGGACACGCCGCCCAAGACUUCAGCAGACAAGAAGGGCGAGGCUGGCAGACAGCAGGGCAGCGCCGCUGUGGCGGGCUUGGUCGUCGCAUUCAUCGCGGCAGCUGUCCUCUUCUAG